GCGCUUUAUUUGACACCAAUCAAAUCCUUCGGUGUCGUCUUCCUCUUUGGAUUUAAAGUCGUCUUCUUUUCUACUUUUUCUUUCUGAAAAAAAUAAUGGCCAAGUGUUUCAGCUUUACUGCAACGCGGGACUGGUGUUUCCGCUACAGCUUUUCCAACGCCGGCCUCCGAUCAUCGACGACGGACCUCGGCGAUGGCACCGUCAUGCACGUUUGGGCCCCAAAAGCUCACAUCGAAUCCAAGCCCACGUUAGUCCUCAUUCACGGCAUAGGCGCCAACGCGAUGUGGCAAUGGAACGACUUCGUGUCACCCCUGAUGUCCAGAUUCAACGUCUACGUCCCGGAUCUCCUCUUCUUCGGCGACUCCUACACGACCCGACCCGAACGUUCGGAACAGUUCCAGGCCCAGUGUGUCAUGCGGGUCAUGGAGGCCCAUGGGGUUACAGUUAUGAACGUUGUCGGGAUCAGUUACGGCGGCUUCGUCGGUUAUAGUAUGGCGGCGCAGUUUAAGGAGAGAGUCGAGAAGUUGGUGCUAUGUUGCGCCGGGGUUUGUUUGGAAGAUAAAGAUAUGGAUGAAGGGAUGUUUAAAGUGAAGAGCGUGGAUGAAGCUGUUAGUAUUUUGCUGCCCCAGAAGCCCGACAAGAUGAGGGAAUUGAUGAAGAUUUCGUUUCAUAAGCCCGUUAAAGGAGUCCCUACUUGUUUUCUAAACGAUUUCAUCCAUGAAAUGUGCACAGAGUAUUUUCAAGAGAGAAAAGAACUGAUCCAAGCAUUACACAAGGAUCGAAAGCUGUCCGAUCUUCCGAAGAUAAACCAGCCAACACUGAUACUCUGGGGAGAAUAUGACCAAAUAUUCCCCUUGGAAUUGGGACACAGAUUGAAAAGCCAUCUGGGAGACAACGCAGAACUAGUGAUCCUAAAGAAUGCAGGCCAUGCUAUCAAUGUUGAGAAGACUAAAGAGUUAUCUAAGUACUUCAAAUCUUUCCUUACUGAUUCACUUCCUCCUUCGAAACCCAGAAACUAUAGCAAUGGCUGUAAAACAGAUUGAAAGAUUGCAGAUGAUCCUUCCCAGUCAGUCAUGUUCAGAUGAUGGAAUUUGUUAUACAGAUUAAGCAUGCUUCAAACAUUUGUAAUUUAUGUAUAAAUUCUCGAACUUAGAUUGGCAUCAAAGGGCAGUUGUUUUUAGAGCAAAGCUUGACAUUUGCAGCU